AUCAAAAGCGGAUUAUUGCAGUGCGGAGCGGGUCGAGCUCGCUCGAAGUCGCGCAGCGAUCGCGGUCGAAUGUGGGUCGUCGACGUCGUCGGCUCCAAAUCGCUCAACUGCGCUCAACACUCGGCAAUCCAGUCAGCAGUCAAGUAGUCAACGCAGUGAGUUAUUGGUAUAAUCCUCGCGUGCGAAACAUUUCGAAUCUGUGGGCAGUUUCGAGCAGAUUUUGCGCUCGUUUCCGCCUAAUUCGCUCGAAUGUCCGAAAACAUCGAGGUGCACACGCUGCACUCGGCGAAAGCGAACAUGAUGGGCAUCUACGACAGCCCGGUGACGGACCCUGCGUCGGCGAACAAGGGCUUGGAGGGAGCGAAUAGCUUCGUUGGUCAAAGAAAAUUGGACAAUAAAACAUCAGGAGCUUUAAAGAAGUCCAGUCGGUAUCGGAGUCGUUCAUUAUCUGCAUCGUCAACAGACUCUUACAGUUCAACUUCUUGUACAGGAAGCAGUUCCGAAGAGGAUGACAUCUCGCCGCGUGAAAAAAUCCAAAAGAACACCGCAGGAAGUGUUGAUUUCUGUGUUCGGAACAUCAAUCAACAUUUAUUCGGUCGUCGUGAGAUUGAAAUUGCCGAGCAAGAGAUGCCUGGCAUUAUGGCGUUGCGUAAACGCGCCGGUGAUGAUAAACCGCUGAAAAACGCCAAGGUUAUUGGAUGCACGCAUAUAAACGCUCAAACCGCCGUCCUCAUCGAAACUUUGGUUGAUUUAGGUGCGAGUGUACGUUGGUCCGCUUGUAAUAUUUAUUCCACACAGAAUGAAGUUGCAGCUGCAUUGGCAGAAGCAGGUUAUCCAGUGUUUGCUUGGCGUGCGGAAACAGAAGAAGAUUUCUGGUGGUGUAUUGAUAAGUGUAUCAACGCUGAGAACUGGCAGCCGAAUAUUAUCCUUGAUGAUGGCGGCGAUGCGACACAUUUAAUGCUUAAAAAGUACCCGGCUAUGUUUAAAAUGAUCAAAGGUAUUGUUGAGGAAAGCGUCACAGGUGUUCAUCGUCUCUAUCAGUUAUCCAAAGCCGGAAAAUUGAGUGUACCGGCUAUGAAUGUCAAUGAUUCAGUCACAAAGACCAAGUUUGAUAACUUAUACAGCUGCAGAGAGUCAAUUAUUGAUAGUUUGAAGCGUUCGACGGACGUAAUGUUCGGCGGUAAGCAAGUGGUGGUGUGUGGCUACGGUGAGGUGGGUAAGGGUUGCGCUCAGGGUCUACGAGGCGUCGGUUGCAUCGUUUAUGUCACAGAAAUCGAUCCCAUAUGUGCACUGCAAGCAAGCAUGGACGGCUAUCGUGUGGUGCGACUCAACGAAGUCAUCCGUAAUGUGGACAUUGUAAUCACCGCCACGGGAAACAAAAAUGUCGUCACACGAGAACACAUGGAUAAAAUGAAGAGUGGUUGCAUUGUGUGUAAUAUGGGCCAUUCAAAUACCGAAAUUGAUGUCAAUAGUUUACGAACCACAGAUCUCACCUGGGAGAAAAUCCGCUCCCAAGUAGAUCAUGUUAUCUGGCCUGACGGUAAACGUGUGAUUUUACUCGCUGAAGGUCGUUUGGUCAAUCUUAGCUGCUCUAGCUUAUCAUCUUUCGUUGUCUCGAUAACAUCCGCGACGCAGGCAUUAGCGCUUAUCGAGUUGUUCAACGCGCCUCCAAACAGGUAUAAAUCCGACGUGUAUUUAUUACCGAAAAAGAUGGAUGAGUAUGUAGCGACGUUACACUUGCCUACUUUCGACGCGCAUCUAACUGAAUUAUCUGAUGAUCAAGCGAAAUACAUGGGACUCAACAAGGCAGGACCUUUUAAACCCAAUUAUUACCGAUAUUAGCAUAGGCUUGUAGAUAGGUCUGCGAUGCUGGUGGCGGGCUGCGAGUCUUCAUUUGUUUUAUCUACAGACGUGAGACGGCGUGAAUCUCGCACGAACUGGUAAUCAAAAUGUACACUGCUCGAAGUGACGAACGCCCAGCUGAAUGGCCGCUCACCUAUUGUUGUUACUUAAUGGCUAUAAGAAUAACUUAAUGUGUAAAUUAAGCGAGAGGAACAAACAAACACCGACACGACACAUAAACAACAUGCAAACAGGGUGAAGAGCGACGUUGUUACAAUGUAAAUAGUUAACCAUUAGUUUUGUACCUUGAAGAGUGUCCGCGGUGUAAAGAUGCAAAUCAUACUACGAGUUGAUUUGAAUUUGAGAGGCUAGCGAUUAUCUCCGUAGACGAAUCCAAUCUAGACGCUUUGUAUAAUUGACGAAAACGACGAAACGAAUUCGUGUUGCAUCUGCUUAUCAAGACUGCCAAUGUGCGAACGUUUGUCUGUUUGUUAUUUGUAUGUGAUUGUGUACAAAACCACAAGCAAAAUUAGAUUCAAUUGGUGCGAAUGUUGGAACCGAACAGAGAUUAAGAACAAAACACCGCGAAACAAAAUAAUCGUUAUAAUAAUUGUUACGUUUGUAAGUCCAUACUAAUGUUAGAUACUAUUUAAUUAUAGAGAUGUGGUUGACUUGUAAAUCGCUACACUGCGCUAACCACUAAUGAGAAACAAGAAAACGUAGGGUUCCUUAGAAACGCCAAGCUGCGCAUGCAGUGUUUAUUGCGACGUUCGGUUGAGUUUUCAAUCUCAGUCCCGAUUCUAGUUUAAUUUUAAGUACAUAAUCUAGAUCUGCAACCUGCAAAGCUUUAGUUCAAUGUCUACAAUGUGAUGUCACACUUGAUUUGUUGUAUUCGGUCGUUGUACUUUAUAUUCUCGAAUUCGGUUUAGUUCAAUUAUUACUACGACAAAUCUACUGUUGAGAUUAGAUGAGUAAGGUGGAAAGAAUUUAUAUUUUUGUUCUGAAUUUAGUUUUGGUGUUCCAAGUCAGGCCUAAAUGUUCCUGCAGUUUUCGAGCCGAUCGACGCUGCACACGUGAUGGCGUGAUGUUUACAUUUGAAAUGCGUUGACGCAUUUUUAUUACUUUGAUCCUUUCAGUAUUUUAUUGCAAAGUAUUCACUGUUAUUAUUCGUUUGUGACAAAAAUGUUAAUCUAUAUAAUAAAAAUCAAUUGCCACAAA